AUGAAGGUGGACCAGCAGAAAAACGUGUACUUCAUAGACCUGAGCAAGAGGAUAUACAGAGGAUUUGUGGAGACAACAAUCCAUAGACAGGGUGGAGAAAGCAGGAUUAUCUACAAAUCAAAGGGAUUGUGUAUACAGAGUGUGGAGAUAAUUGCAGGAGCAAGGCAUGCAGACGUGGCAUAUAAAGCAAACAAUGUAUGCAGAGCGAUAGACCAGCACGAGGCAUUGUUUUCCAAAAGUAUGUGGAAAGACAUUUGUUCUGAAAGCACUUUUGCUGUAGAUGUACCAGAAGAUAUUGCGGAAGAGGAGAUUGUGAUAAGAAUCACAUAUAGCAUGGAUAACGACAACGACUCAAUUGAGUUCUACAGGCCAGUGUCUGCUGAUGACAAGCACAUGGAGAUUGUUGCAACAAAUAGGCUGUUUGAUUCGUCUUCCAUAUUUCCAUCCGUUCAAACAUCAUCGAGAUAUAGAUGGGAGCUGGUCUAUAUCAUUCCGGCCAAUGAGGAGGUAAGAGUUAUUUCGCCAGGUACUUUCAGGUGCAUGAAUGAAGAGGCAGAAAUCAAUCUAUACUCAUACAUAGUUGAGAUGGCGCAUAGUGGGCAUCUGAACUUUUGUGUCGGGACGUUUGGCUCGCAUGAGAUGCUUGUUGGAGAUGAUAAGAAGAUGGUGUAUCUUCCUAAGGGAAUGCCGAACUACAAAGAGUCUGUGAAGGAGUUCUGUGCGGAUCUGGAAAGCCUGAUAAAGUAUACGGAGUACUUCUUGCAGAGAGACUAUCCGUUUCGUGCGCUUGAGGUUGUCUUUGUGUAUGGAGAUGCAAACAAGGUUUAUGGCCAAGGCACGUCAUUUCUGAAUGUAUCGAAUCUUAUAUCAUCAAACGACAUUGAGCCGGCGUUUCUGCUGAAGAGAAUAGUUGGGGAUAUCAUAAGCUCUCAGGUGUUCUACUUCUACUUUUCUGUUGUUGACAAGGCCGACUUCUGGAUUUCUGAGGGAAUGAAGGGAUAUUUUUGCGAUUACUGUGCCAGACAUUUUCUUGGCAAUAGCGAGUUUGUGUAUGAGCUAAAGAAAGACCGUGAUUAUGUCUUUGAGAAUGAUGUUUCUGAGUAUGCGCUUUUUGAUAAACGAAGGAUGCUUGCUUCGAUGACAGAAAGGUUUUUUAAGGCCAAAUCGAAAAUCUUUUUCCACCUGCUGGAGGGGAAUCUGAGCAAGGCGUUUAUGGAAAAGAUCCUAAACUACGCUCUUAAGAAAAGAGACGAUGUGAAUGUUGAGUACACACAUGAGUUUGUAAAGCUUGUAAAGGAUGUAACUGGCAAGGACCUAAAGUUUCUGUUUGAUGCAUAUGUUUUUAAGCCUGGAGCGGUGAAGGUGAAGCUUAGGUUCAGUGUAAAUAAGAAAAACAACAGGGUUGACUUUUCUGUUGAGCAAGCAGCAACAAGCAUCCUGGCGAAUGGCAAUAGAUGUGUUAGUGGACCGAUGACAAUAUGUAGCUAUGAGAUGGAAGGUGUGUUUGAGCAUUCAUUUACAUUAGACAAGGAUAAUCACUUCUACUAUCAUCCACGAACCAAGAAGAAAAAGAAAGCUGAAGAAGAGGAAGAGGUCAUGCCGCUUCUGUGGAUUCGUGCAGAUCCGAAGGGAGAACACUUGGCAAAGGUGAUUGUGGAGCAGCCUGACUAUAUGUUUAUAGAGCAGCUUCUUGACAAGAAUGUGGUUGGGCAAAUGGAGGCGCUUGAGAGUUUGUCGGUAAGACCCUCUACACAGAUAUGCGAGAUACUGGAAAGAGUUCUUGAGAACACGCAUGUUUUUUACAAGGUCCGGAUUGAGAUAUUGUAUAUUUUGUGCAGGACGAUAUCUGGGGAUCAUUAUGGAUUCCAAAGGCUUAUACAGUAUUUUGUGAAGAAGUACUGCGUACAAACGUCGACAAUAGUCAAACCAAAUGAUUUUUCAUUUAUUUCGUAUUUUGUGCAGAAGCAUUUGGUGAAUGCAUUGUCUCUGACGGAUCCGUUUGUAUUCCGAGAGUACUCUGGAAGGAAUGUGGGGUCUGCAAGUAUUGUAUGUGCGUUUAUAAUGAACAUCCUGAAGUUUAAUGACAACUCGUUCAAUUCGUAUAGCGAUAGCUGGUAUAUUUCUUCUGUGAUCGAAGGUCUAAGUCUUUCGCUUUGCUCAAUGAGCUAUGACGAAUUUUACUCGAGGGCAGGAUGUGAUGCGGGAUUACGGAAAGUGGAAAGAAGUAGACGAAGCAAAAUGAAGGAUGAGAUAAAUGAGUUGUUUCUAGACGAAAUGCCAGCAAUAAGCAAUGAAGAGGCAGAAAUAGGUAAUCCAUUGGAGGGCGGCAGAAAUUCAAAUAAGAUAGAACAAAGCACGGAUGCUGAGGCAAACCAAUACAAUCAUAGUGUACAGAGCUUGAAUGGCAAAUAUAGCGAUAAAUAUACAGAGCUGGUAGGCAAUGUGGGGAGUGUUGACGAUAGAUCUAGAAAUGAGGAUAUUUCUAGCAAUUGCGAUUCAAAGAGCGAAGUAGAUUAUUUACGAGCAUCUAUAUCCGAAAUAGAAAGAUUUCGCAUUCUUGACAUGGUUUUUCCAUCGCAUUGUAACCUAGUGACACAAGCCUGUGUAUAUGCCCUAGGCAGACUGUCUGUGUUUGGAGUAAUAAGCUUGAGGAAGGAGGCAUUGAUCGAUCUUUGUAAGUAUCCUAACUUCAUAGGAGUUAGAAUAGCGGCACUUGAAGUUUUGGUGUCGUUAUUUCAUGAUGACGAAGAUGUGAUUGAGAUGGUGUUGAGGGAUAUCAGGAAGGGGACGUUUAGUAUUAAGAAUACAUUGCUGAAUCUGCUGGUUAGCUUUGGGCUUUCAUCAAGAAUGGGCUUGAAGGAUAUACUGAAGAGGAAAAGAAAACAAAUAUUUGAGUUGAUUAAGGCCAACAAUGGGAAUAUAAAGGUUAUUGAGAAGCUAUGCAGUCUUGUGUACAUUAUAGAGAAUAUGGAUAUGAAUGAGGAGCAGUAUAGGGAGCAGUAUAAGGAGUUUUAUGAGAAGACAUUGACGAUUGGGAUUCCUGCUGUCACUAUUGGCAUAGAAAGUGAAAAGAAGGAGUGUAGGCAAAUAAGCAUAAGAUUGAACAGCAUGGAUGAUAUCAAGAGGAGUCUUUUAGAAACGCAAUACAUUAUCAAGCUCCCCAUUGUAAAGGAGACGAUUGAUAGGCAUGCAGAUAUGCAUACAAAAAAAGAGCUGAAAAGGCGCAGUGAUUCACAUGGAAGUUCGAAAAGAAAUAAAAGCAGCAUCCAAUUGAAAAGCACCAAAGCAGUCGAUGUGAAUGAACAUGCAGGCAAAUAUGAUGCGGAUGGCCAUGCAAAAGGUAAGAAUGUAGGAAAUAUGGCUGAGGUAGGUGCUAGCAUUAAGAUAAAGAUCCCCACAGGCUUGAAAAUCAAGAUCAAAAUACCUAAGAAAUAA